AUGGCAAUGACUUCAAGUCCAUCCGGCUGCAGAUCGCGUGCCGAAGAACCGACCACCACAUCCGGCCCCAUUGUCUUCUACGACAUCAAAAUGCGUCCUCCGGUGGAGAGACACUGCUGCUCACCAAACCCCUGGAAGACCCGACUGGCACUCAACUUCAAAGGCGUCCCAUACUCGACCUCAUGGGUGGCCUUACCCGACAUUGCACGAGUGCGCAGUAGCCUCAAAGUCCCGGCCUGCCGCAAGUUCGCGGACGGCUCCGACUACUUUACCCUACCCCUCAUCGAGGACCCUGCCACGGGGUUGCGGGUCGGCGACUCCUUCGAUAUCGCCGUCUACCUGCAGAAGACGUAUCCAGACUCGGGCGCGGGCGACCUCUUCCCCGCUCAGACGCUCGACUACGCCUUCGCCCGCCUCGAUGGAUUCCUCGUACCGCUAUCGGACUGCCGGGAUAGCGAGUUUCCCGAAUACGCGUGGUUCAAUACCAACGUCGAUGCAGCCUUCAGCGCACAUGUACAGCUCGCGGUUCAGGGGUUUCCCUUCGACCCGGCUACGGCCGAGGCCACCAAGGCGGAGUUCGUACGGCGCGCGGGAGUUAGCAGCUGGGAAGACUUUGCGUUGGUGGGCGAGGCGAGAGAGAAGGUGAAGGAUUCGUUCCGUAACAUGCUGGGUGGUUUGGCUAGGUUGUUCUCGAGGGACGCCAGUGGGCCAUUUCUGCUCGGGGCGAGGGCAAGCUACGCGGACUUCAUUGUCGGUGCGUGGCUGCGAAUGAUGUGCGUAACUCUACCGGAGAGCGAGUGGGAGGAGGUGAGGAGCUGGCAUGACGGUAUUUUCGGCCAAUUGCACGAUGCCUUGGGGGUAUAUGCGGAGGUGAAAUAG